AGUUUCAGAUAUCUGGAUAAAUAAACUGUGCAUAAGGGCCUCUGACUGGGGCUGCCCAAACAGCUGCCUGCAUUAAAUAUUCAGAAGAUAGCUGAAUGUACGUAGAAAGAGGCAUUAAGGAAGAACUUACUGCAGAAAUCUGCAAACUGUUUCCUUUUUCUGCUCUGCCAAGAGACAAACAUUUAAACCGAAUUAGAAAAAGCUCAAAGUGCUGCUGGAGGCACAAUCUGUUCAGUCUGAAAUAUCUCCCAUCUAAAAGUACAUUAAGGUAGCUUUAAUUAGAAUUAUGACCAGUCAAAAUAAAAACUGAGAUAUCUCCAAUUUUCUUUAUAUUUUCUUUUAAAUGAAAUCUAUAUCUCAGCUGGUCAAUUAACUAACGCAUCUAUUCAGAAAUCAGUUGCAAGUUUUGGAACAUCAUUAUGGUUCACCUGAUUUUAUGUUAAACAGCUUGCCAUAGAGUCCUUUAGUCCAGGAGUUAAAACUUAAGAAACGAACCAAAGAGUAAAACCAGCAGAACCAUAAACCUGGAUCUGGACCUGGAGCCGGACCUGGAACAAGAACUAGGCCCUCCCAGGUGCCACCCUACUGAGCAUGCUCAGUGCCGUCCAGCUGGAGGAUAAAUCCUCGGUGCUGAUGGGAUUAGCAGAGCAGAUUCUCUGAGCUGAACAGAACCAGCAUCAAGUUCUGAGGAGUUCUACUGGUUCUACUGGACCCUGAAGCCUGGCAGGAUGAUGCUGAGCGACGACUGGACCGUGAUGAACAACAGCAGCUCAGAGCUGGACGGCAGGAGGCCCCGCAGGUCAAAGAGGUGCUGCACCUUCCUCUUAUGGUCGGUCGCCGUGCUGUUCGCCAUGGCGGCCGUCGUCACGGCAACAGUGACGGCCCUCCAUCUCCACCAGCUUCCUCUGCCCAUCUUCAGCAGGGGAGGGGCCUCCACGCCAGCCAUCUCUGCCGGCUCUUCAGAGUCAGGCGCCCUGGUGACCAUCUCCCGCGUGGCGGAUGGCGAGCCGGUCAGUGUCUUCCUGGACCCCGCCUGUCCGGAUCUGAGCCAGGACUUCCUGCGGCUGGAGGCGCUGCACGGCUCGCUGCUGCACGCGCUGACCAAUCGCAACGCAGACGACCACAGGAACGGGGGGGCCGUCCAGAAGCUGGGGGACGACCUGAAGGCGCUCGCAGGCCACACCCACAACCUGAGGCUGGAGGCCGAGUCGCUGAAGAGGGGCCAAGGUGCUCUGGACCAGCGCAUGGACCGCCUGCAGAACGAGCAGAGCCGCAUCAUCCAGGUGCUGUCUGACAGCCACUCCGGCAUCCUGAAGCUAGCUGAGAGCUGCAGCGAUUCUCUGCUCGGCCUGAAGAGGGAGACGGAGAGCCUGGGGAGGCUGAAGAGCGAGCUAAGUCGCAACAUCGCCCAGACAGCCGUCCAGCCCAGAGACUGCAGCGACGUCCUGGCGUCCGGCGUCUCCGUGGACGGAGUCUAUUCUGUGUUCCCAACCCACGACCCUGAGGGUUUCAUGGUCUACUGCGACCUGAGCACGGACGGCGGAGGCUGGACGGUGAUCCAGAGGAGGGAGGACGGUUCCAUGAACUUCUUCAGAGGCUGGGAGGCCUACAGGGACGGCUUCGGGACGACCACCGGGGAGCACUGGCUGGGCCUACACAGGAUCUACACCCUCACCAGGUCAGGAGGCUACGAGUUGCGUAUCGACAUGGCUGACUUUGAUAACGCCACAGCGUUCGCUUGCUACUCGGAUUUCUCUGUCGGUCGAGACUCGGUGAACCCGGAGGAGGACGGGUACCCACUGACCGUAGACGGCUACUCUGGAACGGCAGGAGACUCUCUCCUGAAACACUCGGGGAUGCGGUUCACCACUAAAGACCGGGACCAGGACCAAUCUGAGAACAACUGUGCGGCGUACUACCAGGGGGCGUGGUGGUACCGGAACUGCCAUACCUCCAACCUGAAUGGACAGUACCUGAGAGGAGGCCACGCCUCCUACGCUGACGGUGUGGAAUGGUCCAGCUGGACCGGCUGGCAGUACUCGCUGCGGUUCACUGAGAUGAAGAUACGACCCAGAAGACCAGAGUCCUGAACCGGGCCCAGAACCUGGACCAGAGAACCUUCCCUCUUUAAUAAAUUGUUCUGAUCCAUU